UGCUCAGCGAGUUUGGACAUUGGAACUAUGAGUGGGUGCCCCUUUGCAGGGAGCAAAUACCUAUUUAAUUUUAGCAAGCUAUCUUUGGAAGAUGAAAAAGAAGACAAAUCACAAGAAGGGAUGAAUAAAGCCAGCAAAGGUGGACUUAUCUAUGGAGACUACCUACAACUGAACAAAAUACUGAAUGCUCAAGAGCUUCAGAGUGAAAAGAAAGGAAACAAAAUCCAUGAUGAGCAUCUUUUCAUUGUGACACAUCAAGCUUAUGAACUUUGGUUUAAGCAGAUUCUGUGGGAAUUGGAUUCUGUUCGGGUGAUCUUUCAAAAUGGCCAUGUAAGAGAUGAGAGAAACAUGCUGAAGGUUAUCACUCGAAUGAACAGAAUUUCAAUGAUUCUGAAAUUACUUGUGGAACAGUUCUCCGUUUUGGAAACUAUGACUGCAUUGGACUUCUUUGAUUUCAGAGACUACCUAAGCCCAGCCUCAGGUUUUCAGAGCCUGCAGUUUCGCUUGCUAGAGAACAAGAUUGGUGUUCCCCAAAGCCUGAGAGUCCCCUAUAACAGAAGGCAUUAUCGUGAUAACUUCAAGGGACAGGAUUAUGAACUACUGCUUAAAUCAGAGCAAGAACCAACACUUCUGCAACUUGUGGAGGCAUGGCUGGAAAGAACUCCAGGACUCGAGGCAGAAGGAUUUGAUUUCUGGGGACAAUUUGAAGUGAAUGUUUUAAAAGGUUUAGAAGAGGAAUUUGCCAUAGUGCAGGCCAAACCAGAAUCAGAAGAAAAAGAAGACUUCUUAUCUGAAUUCCAAAAACAGAAAGAUGUAUUACUUUCAUUAUUUGAUGAAAAACGGCAUGAACACCUGCUUAGUAAAGGAGAAAGAAGACUGUCUUACAAAGCACUGAAGGGUGCCCUGAUGAUCUACUUCUACAGAGAGGAGCCUCGUUUUCAGGUUCCCUUUCAGCUUCUUACCUCUCUUAUGGAUAUUGAUGUGCUCAUGACCAAAUGGAGAUAUAACCAUGUCUGCAUGGUGCACAGAAUGAUUGGCAGUAAGGCUGGCACAGGAGGGUCAUCAGGCUACCACUAUUUGCGCUCAACAGUGAGUGACAGAUACAAGGUGUUCGUGGAUUUGUUCAAUCUUUCAACAUUUCUAGUGCCAAGACCCUGGAUACCAAAAAUGAAUCCAACUAUUCAUAAAUUCCUUUAUACAGCAGAAUACUGUGACAGCUCCUACUUUAGCAGCGACGACUCUGACUGA